AGAGAAAAGCGGCCCUCUGGGGAUCAUGUUCAGCUCUUCUGCGCAUGCGCACAAACACGAAUCAUUUCCGGGCGACGAGGCUGCUGAGGAUGCUGGGGUAUAUCUGGCAGUGUUUCUAUUCCUCAUGUCUGCGCUUCUGGCUGAAAUGGUUCCUCCGGCUGGUCACAGGAAGAUGCGAGCUGCAGCGUAUUUGUGCCCGAUGCAAAGCUGGAGCGCUGAGGACGGCACAGAUAGAGUAUUCCCUGAAGUGCUCUAAAAGCAAGGUGUUGCGAGCAGCUUUAUCUCUGAAGGAGAAUGAUUUGGAUGAGCAUCUGGCUCAAAUAAUCCAGGAGAAGAGAAUCAAGGAGCAGAAAGAUCCUACGUUUAAGGUGAACCUCCAUCAGUGUUUGCUUCAAAUAAACGGAUACAGCGGGUUGUUUGAGGAGGUGGAGGACCUGAGAAAACAAGUGUUUGACUCCGAAAAUGAAGAACAUGAGAACAUGCUUCUGAAGUUGUGGGAUCUGUUAAUGCCAUCAGAGAAGCUGGAGUCGAGGGUCACUAAGCAGUGGGGAAACAUAGGUUUCCAGGGCGAGGAUCCCAAGACGGAUUUCAGAGGGAUGGGGAUGCUGGGACUCACGAACCUCCUUUUUUUCAGUGAGAAUCACCCAGAUGCGGCCCGUCAGGUCCUGUCACACGCCAGUCACCCCAGACUAGGAUACUCGUAUGCCAUCGUGGGCAUCAAUCUGACAGAGAUGGCAUACAGCUUAAUGAAGAGUGAUGCUCUGAAGCCUCAUUUCUACAACACAGUCUGUGGAAAACCCCAAAUGCAACACUUCCAUCAUUUCUACUGUUACCUGGCUUACGAGUUUGACAAGUUCUGGUUGGAAGAGGAGCCGGAGAGCAUCAUGGAGUUCAAUCGCUACAGGGAGAAGUUCCACGACAAGGUCAAAGGUCAGCUUCAGAAGCCUGAGGUCAAACUCAUCAUGACUGUGGACCAGGAGAAGUGAUUCCAGCAGGAAGCCGCAACAGUUGAUUUUCUUUUCUAUUUCCAUUGACUUCACAAUAGUUUUUAGUUGGGAAAUGUACAACGUGCAUGAAACUUUAUUUGAAUAUUAAUAAUUAAACAACUGUAUAAACUGUACAUCAAGGUUACACAGCUGGUUGUUUAGCUACAUUAACCUGGACGAGGAAAAGACUUACACUAAGUAUUACUAAUAAUACUUUCAAAGUGAUGUUUAAAACUCUCCAAUGAACCGAUUGGAAUCCUCCACACUUGAGUGUUUUGGUCGUGGUCAUGUGACUUCCUGUUUCUUCAUGUUUACCCAUCUCAGGAAGUUGACGUUUACGUUCACAAGAUGUUAGGAAGUUGUUUAUUCUUCUGUAUGCAGAUGAUUCGACCUCUUUGCAUGUUAAAGUGUGUUUAAGUUGUAUUAAACCCUGCAGCCGUCAUGCCUAUAACGAGUAUUUAAUAACUAAUCUGUUUUGUGAAUAUUGUUAUUCAGACCUCAACUCAAUUCCAAAGGACAGCAUUCGUGUGCACAAAUGUCGAUGUGACACUGUGUCGUUGUCUUAUUUAUAAACGGUGUUUGCUUUUGAAGAUGUAACUUUUUAUUCCUGAUUAAUUUUAUAGUGUUGGACACAUACCUAAUGCUGAAGAAUAAAAUUAGCGACUGAAUAUUGAAA